AGGCGUCUCUGCAGCCGCGGUGGCGGCUGGCCCCGGCUCUGGCAUCAUGAACAUAGACGUGGAGUUUCACAUCCGGCACAACUACCCUUGGAGCAAGUUGCCGGCCAACGUGAGGCAGAGUCUUGGGAAUUCACAGAGAGAAUAUGAAAAGCAGGUUGUCCUGUACAGUAUCCGUAAUCAGUUACGAUACAGAAAUAACUUAGUUAAACAUGUCAAGAAAGAUGAACGAAAAUACUACGAAGAACUGUUAAAGUACAGUCGAGAUCAUCUCAUGCUGUACCCCUACCAUUUAUCAGACAUUAUAGUAAAGGGCUUGCGGAUAACACCAUUUUCAUAUUACACCGGGAUUAUGGAGGACAUUAUGAACAGUGAGAAAAGUUAUGAUUCAUUACCCAAUUUUACUGCAGCUGACUGUCUGAGACUUCUUGGCAUAGGAAGAAACCAGUACAUUGAUCUGAUGAAUCAGUGUAGGUCAUCAAAAAAAUUUUUCAGAAGAAAAACAGCUCGUGAUCUUCUACCAGUAAAACCAGUGGAGAUUGCCAUAGAGGUGUGGUGGGUGGUGCAGGCCGGAUAUAUCACAGAAGAUGACAUAAAGAUAUGCACUUUGCCUGAGAAAUGCGCUAUUGAUCAGAUCAUCGAUGCAGGCCCUCAACUCUCUGGAUCACUAGAUUACAAUGUAGUACAUAGUUUAUAUAACAAAGGAUUUAUUUAUUUGGAUGUCCCAAUAUCUGAUGACAGCUGUAUAGCAGUUCCUCCUCUUGAAGGUUUUGUCAUGAAUCGAGUGCAAGGUGAUUAUUUUGAAACUCUACUCUAUAAGAUAUUUGUUUCAAUAGAUGAACAUACUAAUGUUGCAGAGCUUGCAAAUGUCCUUGAGAUAGACUUAUCCCUGGUUAAGAAUGCUGUUUCGAUGUAUUGCCGAUUGGGCUUUGCCCAUAAGAAAGGACAAGUAAUAAAUUUGGAUCAACUUCAUUCAUCAUGGAGGAAUGUUCCAUCUGUAAACAGAUUAAAGAGUACCUUAGAUCCACAGAAGAUGCUGCUGUCAUGGGAUGGCGGGGAAAGUAGGAGUCCUGUGCAGGAGGCAUCGUCAGCCACCGACACUGACACAAACAGCCAAGAAGACCCAGCUGACACAGCCAGUAUAAGCAGUUUGAGUUUGUCUACAGGAUAUACAAAGCGUAUUGCAUUCCUGUUUGAUUCAACUCUUACUGCUUUCUUAAUGAUGGGAAAUCUUUCACCAAACUUGAAAAGUCAUGCAGUCACAAUGUUUGAAGUUGGCAAACUCUCAGAUGAAUCUUUGGACAGCUUCCUUGUUGAACUGGAAAAGGUUCAGAGCACUGGUGAAGGAGAAGCCCAGAGAUAUUUCGAUCAUGCACUUACUCUGAGAAACACAAUACUAUUUCUGCGUCAUAAUAAAGAUCUAGUUGCUCAAACUGCACAGCCAGACCAGCCCCACUACGGUGUGACAGGCUUCCCUCUGGAUCUUUUGCGCUGUGAAAGCCUUCUUGGUUUGGACCCUGCAACUUGCAGCAGAGUGCUCAACAAAAACUACACACUACUUGUUUCUAUGGCUCCUCUCACCAACGAGAUCCGGCCUGUCAGCAGCUGCACCCCUCAGCAUAUUGGACCAGCCAUCCCCGAAGUCAGUUCUGUCUGGUUUAAACUGUACCUUUACCAUGUGACUGGCCAAGGACCACCGUCCCUUUUAUUGUCCAAAGGUACAAGACUUCGAAAACUGCCAGAUAUAUUCCAGGGCUAUGAUCGGUUACUAAUAACAUCUUGGGGUCACGAUCCUGGUGUAGUUCCUACAUCAAAUGUGCUCACAAUGUUGAAUGACGCAUUGACACAUUCUGCAGUUUUGAUUCAGGGACAUGGGUUACAUGGGAUAGGAGAAACCGUCCACGUGCCAUUUCCAUUUGAUGAAACAGAACUACAAGGAGAAUUUACUCGAACCAACAUGGGUGUUCAUAAAGCAUUGCAAGUGCUAAGGAGCCAGGUGGACCUACAGCAUUUCUGUGGCUAUGUCACCAUGUUGAAUGCCUCUAGCCAGCUUGCAAACCGAAAACUCAGUGACGCUUCUGACGAGAGAGGAGACCCUGAUUUGGCUUCUGGCUCAGAUGUGAAUGGGAGCACAGAAUCAUUUGAAAUGGUCAUUGAGGAAGCAGCUCUGGAUUCAGCAAAGCAAAACUCUGUUGCCACAGCAGAAGCCGAUUGGGCUCCUCUUGAGCUAUGCUUUGGAAUUCCACUGUUCAGUUCUGAAUUAAACCGGAAAGUUUGUAGAAAAAUCGCUACACAUGGCCUUUGCAGAAAAGAGAGCCUUCAAGACCUCCUACAUUCCAGUAGAAAACUCUCUCUACAUGUCCUUAACUUUGUUCACUCAUUCCAGGAAGGUGCUUCGACACUGGACAUUCACACAGAGGCCAGCUUUUCCAGCUUGCUUUCGCAGUCCUCUGCCGAUAUGGGGGUCCCCCUUCCUGCAAAGAACUUAAUAUUUAAAGAUGGCAUUUUGUCAGAAUGGAGCGGACACUCACCUUCCUCACUUCGUAUUGCCAGUCUCCAUUUGCAAUAAUUUGGUUAUGCCAUGUGUUGCUCACCCUUCCUGCCUUUUUCUUUUUGACCUUCGCUUCGGAGUGCCAGCCACUAAAGAGCGCCUGCGGCUGCAGUGCAAGUCCUGCUCACUGACGUCGGAGGGGGAACAUGCGCAGGCUUCUGGCAUUUUCCUGAUUGCACUUCCUAACGCAACGAAGAGCUUUUUAGCAGCCUGCACUGUAUUUUUUUACCUUGAGACAAUCUGCAUUUCUUUUAUAAAACUGAGGAUAUACUUUAUAGGCUUAAUGGUGACUGUUAGGUUUAUAAGCAGUCACUCUGAAUAUUGCAGUGGUAAUUUUAUAUGUUAGUUUAUCAAACAUAAAUCUUGUUUAAUUUUAUAUUUUGUUACCUAUUCCUUAGGGGAUCAUGGGAAGAGGUGGAACUCUUCCUCUGAGUGGCUUCUUGGUACUAAAAGUAGCACAACUACGCAACAAUAAACAUCCAGUGUUGAGAGGUGAUAUGAUAGGGCAUUAAGAAUUCCUGUGGAUGUCUGUAAAUUAUGUAUAUCAGUUGAGCAUUAUUGAAGGUAUGUAAAUCAGCAUAGUUAUGCAUAACUUAACCUUGAUUUAUAAGGUCUUAACUUGGAAUAUGACUAUACAUCAACAUCUCAUGAGAAGCUUUGGAAAACAUUCUAUUUUUAAAAACUGUUUGUACGUGGCGUUCUGUUGUCAUUCACUUUGGGCUUUGUAUUUUCAGCCUUUAUGGAAAAAUAGAAUUUAUUUUCCACUCUCAUAGCUGUGGCUGCUGCACGUUUCACCCUGAUUUGUUUUUUUGUUUUGUUUAGUAACUUUACUGAUGAAUUGUUAGGAAAUUGAGUUUGAUGUCUUCAAACCAAGGGUUGUGAUUUUAGGUUAGAAUUAGAUGUUAGAGGCAUUAAGACGGUCUUCUGAUCAAAACAAUUUAGUGAUAAACCGACUUGAAGACAAAUUCUUAGUCUGAAUCUUAAGUUUAUAUGAAGAAUUUUAGAGAAAAUGAUAAAGUGAAUAAUUUCAAAAUAUUUCUUGAGUCAUUGAUUCUUUUAGUAUCUCAAAUGUUAGAUUAAUUGGAAUCACUUUUUAGAUUUUUCAAGUUAUCUUCCUUGGGAAGUUUGUGCAGUAUUAUAGUUUAGUUUAGCUCUUCUCAUAGGCUAACGGUUUGCUAGUUUAAAAGUGUAACCAAACCAACUGGUCAUACAACUUAUAUCUAAAAUACUUAAAACAUUUGGGAAUGUUUAACCUAAGCAUUUUUGCUGGUAAUUUUGUUACUUGUAGAAUUGAUAUUUGUGUAUUUAACAUCUGGAAACAUAGGCCUUUCUUAAGAGCUAGCAUUGCCGUGCAUUCAAUACCAUGGCCUACUUAAAGCAUCGAGUAUCUUGGAACAGGCUAUCUGGCACAUUCGGUGCUGUGGGGGGUACAUGCAGUAACAUGUAGUUUUCUACUUUGUCUUAGAUGAGGUAGAAACCAAGUGUAUGUUAUAAAUGUUUGUCUAUAAAAAGAAAAAUACUAAUAUUAAAAUAAUUUCUUAUAA